AUAGUAUAUAUACGCCCGCAUAUUUGCUCAUUCGGAUUUAUCCACCAUGAACGGAAGAGUUAUUGUGCUGUGGCUUCUGAUCAUCUGUAUUGCAGCAGGUGAUGCAGGCGAGAAGAAUAGAAAAAAGAAAAAGGCCACAAAGCCGAAUUGUCCUAUUGGAAGGACCUUAGGAUGCACAAAGGUUAUGCGCCCUGUGUGCGGCAGUGAUGGGAUCACUUAUAACAAUGAGUGUCUCCUCUGCAAUGAGAUUAGAGAAACCAAGCAGAAAAUCUUGGUCGCCAAACUGGGACCCUGCUGACCAGUAUGGUUGAUAAAAUCAACACUAUGAGGCAGCCCAGAAAAAUCCACUGUUGUCUCAUUAAUAAAGUCUAAGUUUGAUC